UCUUGUUGGGGACCUUGUAUUUUAACUCAUGGGACUUGACACUAACUCCAAGUAGUUAGUGUCAGAGUUGAAUUGAAUCAUAGGACACUCCGCUGGUGUCAGAGAAUUAGUGUCAGACACAGUAAGUGUAGCACUUACUUGAGUUCUGCGAGCUGUUCUAGUGAAUUGUCAAGCCUGAAGGAGCAGUGGAACACCAAAACCUGUAGAUGGCUGGAGUAAGGAAGGCCUGGGGACCCCUUAACUUGAGACUGAUCUCAGAAGUGAGUGCAGUCUCAUGGAGGACAAUGCCCUUCAUGGGGAAACGUGGCCGAAUGCCAGGCGGUUGGUGACAGCACUCUAUUAUGAAACAUUAUCCACAGUAGAAAGGGAAGAAGUACUGAGACUUUCUACAACAUAGAUGAACACUGAAAAUAUAAUGCUAAAUGGAAAAAAACAGACACAAAAGACCACACAGUAUAUAAUUCUAUUUCUAUGAAAUGUCCAGAAUUGGCUAAUCUGUAAAGGCAGAAAAUAGAUAAGUGGUUACUUAGGGUUGAGGGGUGCAGUGGGUUUGGGUUAGGGAGGUAAUAGCUAAAGGGAACCACAUUUCCUUAUGAAGUGAUGGAAAUGUUCUAAAAUUAACUGUGGUAUACUGAACUAGUUAUGGAUAAAAUACCAGGAUGUCUGAGAUUUGCUUCCAAAUAAUCUGCUGGGGAUGGGAGGAGAACAAAAGAAGUAAGACUGGCCAGAAUUUUGUAAUUUCUGAAGCUGGGUACCUGGGGGUUCAUUAUACUAUUCUCUCCAGUGUUAGAAAGUUUUCAUAAAAGGAAAAAAGGAAAAAAAUAAAAGAAUCUUAGGCAGUGUUCUCUCACAAGAGAAGGGAAUGUCACUUCCCUUAGUAGUUUACAAGGUCCAGAUGAGAUUCAUGAAUUAUUGAGGGAAAGCUGAGAGGCAUAGAGGCCGUGGACUGUGGAGAGGUGGUGAGCGCACGGGCUGGUUUGGCCCAGGCAACUCAGUCUCCUUGAGGGGCCCUCAUGGUCUCUCCCAACCUACAUGCCAUGCUGACUGUGGUGGUAGAAGUGGAGUCGGAGAGGCGAUCAGGCCCUGAGGACAGCAGUAGCCCCACACUCCUGGUGGGGCCCACAAACCUCCGUUUGCUUCAGCCUGGAACUCUAGAGACUCAGGAACAAAGCUUCACCUUUGACAGAGUCCUGGGCCCUGAUGCUGCUCAGGAGGCAGAGCAGGAGCUGCUGGCAUGUGUCCAGUCCACAUUGGGCUCUGUGGGCCGAGGGUACAGUGUGGCCCUGUUGCUCCGGGGGAGGGAAAUAGAGGCACCCCGACUUGUGCCUCAGCUGCUGCAGAUACUGUUUGAGGAAGCUCUGCCCCUCAGCUGCUCUGAUCCUGUGCUUAGCACUCUUAGCCUGGUGCAGUUCAGCCCCAGUGGAAGGACCCAGGACCUGCUCUCUUCAGGGAUGGAGAACCUGUCGGUGCUGGACGUGGCCCCUCUGGGCUUGGUGGUAGAAGAUGCCACUGAAGUGGAGGUGUCUGACUCAAAAGCUGCCUCAGAGCUGUACUUGCAGGCCACCGCGGGUGAAGGCAGGACCUGCUGUCUGCUCACUCUCAUCGUGUCUUGCCCAGGGCCUGACCCUCCUGAGGGGCCCGGGACCCAAGGUGUGUGGCGAGGGGCUCUACGGAUCCUGCAGCUCCCAGGAGCCCCAGACUGCCCCCUGCUGCGGGUGUUGGCUGGUGAAGUUGUUGGUGAGGAGGCGGAGGGCUCUUUACCAUGGAUUGUCUCACAGCUUUUGGAAGGAAACAACUACAGUGGCCUGCUUCUUCGCCUGGACCCCCAAGGUAGCUCCCUCAGUUUGCUCCAGGCUGCUCUGUUGGGGGCAAGAAGGAGGAUGCAGGUGAAACAGGUGAGGCCCACCCUGUGGGAUGCAGUAGAAGAGGCUCGGGCCCGCCGGGCUGGCAUGAGGCCCCUGCGUUUAGGCCUCCUUGAGGACACCCUGACAUACAGUGGGCUAAGCCAGCUGAGAAGGGCACUGCGGGAGUUAGAGGUGGUAAAAGCGUGGAGCCAGCACCCAAGAAGAAACAUGCUCCAAGGAGCCAGAACUGAGGCGAUGAGGCUUCCAGAACCACAGCAGGUGAUAGAGUCACCAGUAAGCCAGAGCCCAUGCCUCGAGGGAGAGCCCCAAGUGGCAGGAAGAACGGCAACUCUAAGGUGUGGGCUCCACCAAAAGAAUCCUCUCAGGCACCCUAAGGAACAGCAGGUACCAGAUGUGGCCCUGCAGUUCUUCUUGGCCCAGGCCUGGAGGCAGAGACUGAGGGAGCAGCACCAAAUUUGGAUUCGAGAGAAGCUGGAGCAUUUGGAACAGAAGGAGGAGGUGGCAGAUGACCAGAUCAAAGACCUGGUGACUGAAGAGGAGGCCUGCAAGGAGAGGCAGAGAUGGCAGCAGGAACAGAUGGUGCUGAGAUUCCAGCUGGAGGCCCUUCAGGAAGAGCGGGACACGGCAGAGCAGGACCUGGCAGCCCUCUAUGACCUGCAUGUGCAGGCCACUCGAGCUCAGACACACCAUGUGCUGCGGGUAUUCCGAGCCUGGCAGGGCCAGUGGGAGGAACGGGCCAUGACCACAGAGCAUCGUCACUGCAGCCUGCUGGCGGGCAUCCUGGAAGAAGCCAUCAACCUGGCCACACAGAAUCAGGAGCUCCAAGCUCAGAACCAGCAACUUCGGCAGGGUGCAGACUAGGCUGGGGGCAGUCAUGCUGGCCGUCCUGGGGAGAAACCUGAUCAGGAACCCUUUAGAGGAAGUUUCCUGUCUCCUCAUUCUGGAGGGUCCUAGAAGGGAGAGAAAGGCCAUCCCAAACUGAAUAUGAGUGACUGGAUGUGAGUGAGAAUGACAAAAAAGACUGUCGGCAAGUGCGUAAGUAUAUGGACUGAGUGAUUUUGAUCUCAUGUAAGUAUGAAAUUCAGAGUGUAUGCAAGGGAGUGUUUGAACGAGGGUGGUGUGUGUCCGUGUAAUUGGAAACAUCGUGUCACUGGGAAGAAAAUUUCGGGAAGUAGGGAAUAGGGUAAAGUGAGGAGUGUUUAAGGGUGAAUGUUUUUGAGUCUGUGCUAGUAAGUGGGGUUCGUGAUGGUUCCCAGGAGGGUACAUCUGGGGGAUCCACGGCUCCUCCCACCUCGCCGAAUGCUCUCCCCACACCACUCCACACUGUUGAGGCAGCUGACAGCAGCCUCAGAAGAAACAAGGGACAUCCUCACUCCUGAGCCGCUCCAGAGUCGCUUCUCCCCGGAACUAAAAAGGUCAAGGAGAAGACCACGCCCGGCUGCAGAUCACCCCCACGGCC